AAUCAUCAUCAUCAUUCACCCGCACAUAGAAACACAAAAGACACAACUCGAUAAAUUAAACCAAAAAUGGCGAAUUACUCAAGUAUUCAGAUUCUCUUCUUGGUCUUCUUCAUCACUUGUGGCAUUGCUGUUUCCGCCACCGUCUUCACACUACAGAACAGUUGUCCCUACACCGUCUGGCCGGGAAUUCUCUCCGGUAACGACAACACCCUCGGCGACGGCGGUUUUCCCUUGACUCCAGGCGCUUCCGUACAGCUCACGGCUCCUGCUGGAUGGUCAGGUCGCUUCUGGGCUCGUACCGGCUGCAACUUCGACGCCUCAGGCCACGGUAACUGUGUCACCGGAGACUGCGGCGGUGUUCUGAAAUGCAACGGAGGUGGGGUUCCUCCGGUCACUCUGGCUGAGUUCACACUCGUUGGCGAUGGCGGCAAGGAUUUCUACGACGUGAGCCUCGUCGAUGGUUACAAUGUCGAGAUGGGGAUUAAACCACAAGGAGGCUCCGGUGAUUGUCAUUACGCCGGCUGCGUCGCCGAUGUCAAUGCGGUUUGCCCUAAUGAGCUUCGGAUCAUGGAUCCGCAUACCGGAAUCAUCGCGGCGUGUAAAAGUGCUUGUGCGGCGUUUAAUUCUGAGGAGUUCUGUUGCACCGGUGCUCACGCGACGCCGCAGACUUGUUCUCCGACGCAUUACUCGGCCAUGUUUAAAAGCGCUUGCCCUGGUGCUUACAGUUACGCUUAUGACGACGCUACCAGCACCUUCACUUGUUCUGGAUCUAACUACUUGAUCUCUUUCUGCCCCACCCGGUCUUAACCCGGUUUAUAUUUGGGGUUCUCACGUUUCUUUUGCUUAUUAUUUACUUUGAUUCAUAUUCUUCCAUUUUAAUGAUUUUUAUAGUAUUCAGUUGUUACACUCACCUCAUUUGCAUUGUUGCUUUUAUUUGUAUCUCUUUUGAAUUUUAUAUAUGGUAUUGUUUUUUUUGCAUUACCUAUACACCUCGUAACACAUUCAUAUCGAAAGAUGGAUGCUUAAUU